UGUAGUGCAGAGAGUCCAAGCCCGGAGCAACGUCGCGUGGCGACCUACGCGCUCAGUGUGUACAUCGCACGCACUCUCUGCCCUCGAAUUUUUCCUCCCUUUAUCUCAGAGAGCCAUGUACCCGAAAGCAAAGGGAACGACCGUGCCGUCAGACGCUCAAGCAAGAGAAAAACUCAAUCUCUACGUCUACGAGUAUCUGGUAAAUGCCGGAGCGACAAGGACAGCUCAAUCGUUUCUCAACGAGAUUCGCUGGGAAAAGAACAUUACGCUCGGAGAUCCUCCCGGAUUUUUAGCCAACUGGUGGUGUGUCUUUUGGGAUCUCUACUGCGCAGCGCCGGAAAAGAGAGACACAAACGAGCACUCGAGCGAAGCGAAAGCAUUUCACGACUAUUUCUCUCCCGAUGGAGGUCCACCGCCUACCGGACCACCGCCAGGCAACUUCUUUCCUUCUGGUCAACGGCCGCAGUCUGCAUCCAUGCCUGGUCAACCUAUGCCUGGUCAACCAUUGCCUGGUCACCCUACUCCACCUCCGGGACAUCCUAUGGCUGGGCAUCAAGGAAUUCAAAUGCAAUAUCGGUACGGACCUCGUCCGCCAAUAAGACAACAAAUGGCCGGCACACCAACUGGGUCUGCUAUUUUACCGAGUUCUAUGGACCCAAUGAGGCAGCAUGCUGCGGGUCGGAUGAUGAUGCCGGGUCAGCCGGGCACACCUCCCAACUCUGUACAGAGGAUGACACCUCACGGAGAAGCUAUUCAGCAGCAGAGAAUACCAAUGUCUCAGGCCUAUCAUCCUGCCAUGAGACCGGGUAUGGUUAAUCAUUCGAUGUCACUGCCGUUGCAAAAUCAUGGAAUGCCUGGCAUGCCACAUGGACCGAGAGCAGCUUGGGGUCAGCCAUCGCCGUUGUCUUCGCAUGCAUCGCAGACGAGUGCACCUGGAACACCUGUGACACCUGGACCCGGACCUCCUCAUCUACACUUGGGGCAUCCGUAUAUGCAACAUCAGCCAUUGUCCAACAAGUCAGGUUCUCCUCGAACACCUCUAGAUCCUUGUGCUCCUGAUAGUUUAUAUAACCAUCAAGGGCAGCCUGUAUCGAUAUACGGAGCCAGUCCGAUGGCUAAUGGUUCGAUUCCGAUGUCAGGUCAUGGUCCUUUGCACCCUCAUCCUCAUCCUCUAGUUGGUUCAGGUGUACCGACUAUGAAUGAUGGGCAUCAUGAUCUCAGGCUACAUAAGGUACACGAUGGACCAGACGAGCAUCAGAACAUGGCAGUUCCCAAUAAAUCAGAUGUGGGAGGAUUUCCUUUGAAUUUUCGAGAAGACGGGUUUGUAGAGAACGCUAGUGCAAGUCACGAGAUUCAGAGAAUCGAGGAACGACUCGGACAAGAAGCGAAACAAUUCGAGAAACCGUUAGGCGGAAUGGGCCCUCCUGAUGGUCGUGCUGAGAUUAGAUGGAGUCAAUGACUGAUACUCGUCUGGAUGCAGUCACUAUGUACCUUAUAUUCAGUGCAGAGCUGGGGAUUUUUAUGUGUGAUGCAUAGGCAUAGGAUUUGAUUAAAACAGACAGAAACCAAAGUUAUAUGAGAGAUGACCUGCUAUUUGUAAGAGGACAAUAUAUUCAUAGAGGCAGGUGUAUUUCUGUGCUCAGACUUGUAGUCUCUACUCUGAUUAGUUUGCUAGGAUGUCUCAGUGACUGGAGCGUGGAUGUAGAUGGAAGAUUACUGUUUAGAUCUUUGA